AUGCCCGCCGACGCCCAAGCUGACGAUCCUACCUCUUCUCAUUCGCUCUUUCAAACCCUCCCCUAUACCUCCUACCGCUGCCCCUUCACUCCCCUGCAUACCGCUCCGCAACACCCCACCGCCCGACUGUUCCCCCAACAGCUCAUCUACAACACCUUCUUCCGACGAAACUCUGUCUUUGUCGCGACCACCUUUGUCGCUGCAUUCUCCUUUUCCAUCGGUUUCGACCUCGCCACCACUGCCUGGUGGGAUGCCCACAACCGAGGCAAGCAAUGGCACGACAUCCGACACAAGUACCUCCAAGCUGGUGGUGACGACGAAGACGCUGAAUAG